GCAGCUCUCCUACUGUCACACUGCCUACUACUCGAACUGUACGCUAUUACCGGUGUAGUUCAGUGCUCUCUGCUGUCUGCUCCGCCUACGUACACAGCUCGAUCGAUCGAUGAUGUACCGGAGGAUAGCCGCCCGGCUGCUCGUCGUCGUCGCCGCCGCCGUCCUACUAUCCCUGCUGCUGGCCACCUGCGCGGCCGCCCCGCAUGGCCUGCCGCCGCCGCCGCGUCCUCCUCCGGUGCUGCUCCUAGGCGGCGGCCGGAGCCCGGCGCGCGAGGGGAAGGAGCUGGAUCUGGGAACGCCCGCGAGGCGGCUGGGGCAGCAUACAUCGACGAAUGUGCCUCCCUCGCCGAAACCCCACGGCAACCCGGGGUCGGCGGGGCCCGACCCGCCGCCGCCGCCGCCGUCGAGCAACGAGUAGGGCGAGGAGGCUCCGUGGUACCAGCACGCGACGGUGGCCGUGGGUUUCGGUACGAUGUAUCAUGUAUGGUACUCCAUGUACAAGGGACGGCUAGCUGCAUGCCAUGUACGAGAACACUUUCGCCAGUGUACAAGUCAAUAAGCUCGUUUCGAAAAGAAAAAAAAU